ACCGCCAGAUCCGAGGCUGAGCUCCGAGCUGGAGGAGUGAAUAGGCACAGGGAGGCAGGGCAACGCAGGUCGCCAAAGGCUGCACCGAGACACCGCCGCGUCUGCCUGGAAGGGACCCCAGCACUGUGAGCGUGCGUCCUGCCUGCAACCAUGGGGUCGGCGGCGCUGGAGAUACUCGGCCUAGUCCUGUGCUUGGUAGGGUGGGUGGGCUUGAUUCUGGCGUGCGGCCUGCCCAUGUGGCAGGUGACCGCCUUCUUGGACCACAACAUCGUGACGGCGCAAACCACCUGGAAAGGGCUGUGGAUGUCGUGCGUGGUGCAGAGCACUGGGCACAUGCAGUGCAAGGUGUACGACUCGGUGCUGGCGCUGAGCGCCGAGCUGCAGGCGGCGCGGGCGCUGACGGUGGGCGCAGUGCUGCUGGCGCUCCUCGCGCUCUUCGUGAGCCUGGCGGGCGCUCAGUGCACCACCUGCGUGGCCCCGGGCCCGGCCAAGGCGCGGGUGGCACUCACGGGCGGCGCGCUGUACGCGCUGUGCGGGCUGCUGGCGCUCGUGCCGCUCUGCUGGUUUGCCAACAUCGUGGUCCGCGAGUUCUAUGACCCGACGGUGCCCACGCCGCGGAAGCACGAGCUGGGCGCGGCGCUGUACAUCGGCUGGGCGGCCUCGGCGCUGCUCAUGAGCGGCGGCGGCCUCAUGUGCUGUGGAGCCUGGAUCUGUGCCGGCCGGCCCGAUCUCGGCUUCCCGGUUAAGUACACCGCGCCAAGGCGGCCGGCAGCCAGUGGCGACUAUGACAAGAAGAACUACGUCUGAAGCCUCCGGGCAUGGCAGGUCGGGCCCCUCGCGCCAGCCACGCCUGGCAUCCAAAGGACUGGCUCAGGGAGCCCAGGUAGAAGGACCCAAGAUCUCCCUUCAUACAGGUGGGACCCUCCACACCCCACCCACCCCUCACCCCGAACUAGGACUUGCUGGGUUUCUCUGUGUGUGCACCGCCGGCUGCAGUGUGGGUGGGGCUCAGGUUACCCUGGUCCCGUGGGCACCGCACAGAUGUCCUUGGACUCACUGUACAGGGCUGCUGAAGAGACGGUGCAACUCUGCUUUGCCCCACCGAUGGGAUCUGAGCCUAGAGGAGCCCGGACUUGGCUUGAGCCGCCCCCGCCGCCGCUCAACCCAGCAAGCUCCCUAGGCGAGGCAGAUGGACACCAGAUUCUGGUGUGGGCAUAAGGUCCCGCACCCCUCUACGUUUUGGAGGGAGGGUAAGAAUUUGCCUAGUAAAUGAUUUGAACACUC